UCCUCCCGACAAUUUUUAGAACUAUUUCGUCAAAAUAGAAAUGAACUUGAAAAGAUGUCUAGUAAAAUAGCGAAAGGAAACGAUAUUCUUAUAAUAUUACGUGGCUUAGACAUCGUUGCUAAAGCAUUUUCACUUCACCAAAGGAAUAUAUUAUAUCAAAAAUGGCGAAAUUCCAGUUUGAAUCCCGUUAUAAAGGAGACGAUACCGAGAAAGGUGGAGGAUGCGCUCAGUGGCGUUAUAUCGGGGGACUUAGGAGAAAAGGGUAGAAAAGUAGCUUCAGAAAUUGUUGGAAGGACUGCAGUUGUUGUGGAAGGAGCAAAGGAGUAUUCGAAAUUCGUUUUUCAACCAUCAGAGAAGGAGUUUGACGUCAGCCAUGAGUUGCUAGAAUCAAAAGAUAGAGAUGUAAUAGAGGAUAAUGAAAACUCACAAAAGAAGUUAAAUGCUGCCUCGAUGGAUGUGAAGAUCAAAAAUGGAAAUUCAACAGUGCCAAAUAUGGAGAAAAAUAUAAAAUAUCCUCCCAAAAUUAAACACGCAAAGAAUAUGGAAAGUCUUCACCUCAAACUUAAAACGCCAAAGAACCAAAUGAGCAAACUGUCUAAAGAAAGCAAAGUACCAGCAACGAGAAUUGGUAGAUUGUUGUCUUAUGGCGGUUUGGCAGCUGGUCUGGGCGUCGGCGCUCUUGCCGAAGUGACGAGGCGAUCUUUAGGUAUUGCACAGAGUAAACAGUCGGAUGGCGAUUCUCUAUUCGAGAAAAAUCCUUUUCUGACUGAGGCGAAUGCGAACAGGAUCGUAGAUACCCUGUGCCGAGUAAGAGGUGCCGCAUUAAAAAUCGGACAGAUGCUAAGCAUUCAGGAUAAUUAUAUGAUUAAUCCUCAAUUGCAAGUUGUGUUUGAAAGAGUGAGACAGUCUGCAGAUUUCAUGCCGUUUUGGCAAGUUGAAAGGGUGUUGAGUCAAGAAUUUGGUGUGGAUUGGAGACAGAAGUUUAAAACUUUUGAAACAAAACCUUUUGCCGCCGCUUCAAUCGGACAGGUUCAUCUUGCCACCUUACAUGAUGGGACUGAAGUUGCAAUGAAAAUUCAAUAUCCAGGCGUGGCCAAAAGUAUCGAGAGUGAUAUAAAAAACUUACUAGGCAUACUGAAUGUGUGGAAUAUUCUUCCGAGAGGUUUGUUUAUCGAAAAUUUAAGCACAGUAGCUCGUCGUGAAUUGGCUUGGGAAGUGGAUUAUGUGAGAGAAGCUGAAUGUGCUAGACACUUUAAAAAAUUAAUUACUCCAUAUCCGGAGUUCCAUGUUCCGGACAUAGUCGACGAAUUUUGCACUAAACAAAUACUUACCUCUCAUUACAUCAAAGGUAUCCCGGUGGAUCAGUUAAUAGACGUCGAACAACAGUUAAGGAAUGAAAUAUGUCAGCGACUGGUAUUCUUAAGCUUAAUAGAGUUGUUUUGGUUUAGAUUCAUGCAAACGGAUCCAAAUUGGUCUAACUUCUUUUACCUACCAGAAACAAAUCAGAUAGGGUUGUUAGAUUUCGGUGCCUGCCGCAACUACGAUAAAGAAUUUGUAGAUAAAUAUAUGCUAGUUAUUAAAGCAGCAGCUGAUCAAAAUAAAUCGAGCGUGAUAAAAUAUUCGAGAGAUAUCGGUUUCUUAUCAGGAUACGAAUCAAAAGAGAUGGAGAAUGCCCAUUUGGAUGCCGUUAUGACUCUUGGAGAAGCAUUUGCAUACGACGGAGAUUUUAAUUUCGGGUGUCAAAGUACUACCAAACACAUACAUGGAUUAGUGCCUAUUAUGAUAAAACAGCGAUUAGUUCCUCCGCCGGAAGAAACAUAUUCUCUGCAUCGUAAACUGUCCGGUGUUUUCUUGCUUUGUACCAAACUGAAAGCAAAUAUUAAUUGUAAAAAAUUAUUUGAUGAAGUUUAUAGUAGUUACAGGUUUGAGAAAUAAUGAUUGAUCUCAAUUGAAAAUGUAUAUUUUUGAUUUAUUUUAGUCAGAUUGUUAUUUUUAAUAAGAGUUGUUACAAAAUAUCAUUGUAUAGACAAAUAAAGUUUU